GGCAAAUGGAGUUAUCAACACACCGUCCGUCGCAGUGAUGCCGGAGAUAAAGCGGUGGAACUGAGGCGACAGAUCACUCACAGAGAUUAUAUCCAUAUGUUGGCCCAGAGAGACGACACUCACUUAACUGUUUACAAAACUCGGCGGUGUUUCCUAUGGGAGGACACGUACUUCCAGAUGGAUAUCUAUAAGAAUCCAUGCAAUCAGCGGUGCGAAGGGCUUAUACUACUGGAGACAUACACGACGUUAAAGAGUAGAGAAUGUACUCCAAAAUUACCGCAAUUCCUGACGAUUGUCAAAGAGGUAACCAAUGACUCGUCGUUCUCGAUGUAUAACUUGUCGUCGAAGACUGAGUGGAAGAAGAGCUCCAAAUUGAAUAACGGAGUGAAUCCUUAAGUGGUAUUGGUUUGUGAGAAAUUAGGCAAAAAUUUAAUUUGUGAGCGAAUUUGUGAUUAAUUUGGAGUUUUAAAAAGCGCUAAAACUAUGUUUUCAGAGUUACCCAGUAUUCAAUGUUAAUGAAUUCUUGAACAAACUAUUUAAAUCUUAAAUAAUUGUUGAGAUAAUAUUUUAUUCUAAUUGUAAUCAUAAUUUUAGGCUUAGUUUAUGACUAUAUUUUAAUCAUAAUUUGUUAUUAUUUUACAGUAUUAUAUUAAUUACUUUUAAUGGGACUUAUAAUACAUAAUAUUCUAUUAAUUUUUAUAACAAUUUAUUCAAAUUUACAAAAUAACCGGAAGAGAGGUGGGAGUGAGAAGUGAUUUAAUGUGAUUUUGACAUUAAAAGUGAAACGAGAGUAUUUGUUAUAGUAUUUUAUUGAAAUGAGUUUUGUUUUAUUAUAUUAAUUUUAAAAUUGAAACUUUUUUUAGCAUUAGCAAUUUUUAUUUGUAUUUCAUUUAUCGAAAUAAUUGAUUAAAUAAAGUGUUUUAUUUUAGUAAAACAAAGGCACAAAACAGAGUAUUGCAUACAAUAACUACAUACACAAUAC